AUGCAAAAAGUUUCGAAUAAAGAUAAACUUUGGGAUGUUAUUAAUCAAUUUGAUCAUGAUAAAGAUGGAUUAAUCGAAGCUGAUGAAAUUUUCAAAGCAUUGGAAAUAAUUGAAAAUGAAAAAGUUAAAAUAUCGAAAAAACAUCUCAAAGAAAUAUUUGAUCUCAUUUCUGAUUUAAAAAAAGAUAUUUGCAUACCAGAUUAUUGUUAUAUCAGAUGGAUUGGUCCAAAACAAACUAUAUCUCCAUUACAUAAUGAUCCACUUCUUGCUCAAAUGAAUUUUACAGAAUUAUUUCAAUUAACAUCACGACAAUGUUCAUUUUCACCGGGUGAACAAUAUUUAACAUGUGUUAAUCAAUAUCGUUUAAUAAUUCGUUUAGCAACAACAUUAGAAAUAAUUCAUUUAUUUGCUUGUAUUGAUACAAUCAAUACAAUUGAAUGGUCAUAUGAUUCAUAUUUGAUUUUAGCAGGAUUGAUCAAACGUAAUGCGGUACAAGUAUUUUCAUCGGAUAAUCCUGAAUGA